CACUGAUGGGUAUUGACAGGCAUCACUGAUAAGCACUGGAAGGCAGCACUCAUAUAUGGCACUGAUAGGCGGCACUGACUGGCACUGAUGGGUGACACUGAAAGGCAGCUCAGAUGGGCACUGAUAUGUGGCACUGAUGUGACACUGAAAAGUGGCACUGAUGGGCACUGGCAGGUGGCAUGGAUGAGCACAGCGCUGGCAGUGAUGGAAACUAACAGGUGGCACUGCUGGGGCUACACAGAUCAUCAGGGCAUACUGAUCAUGUGUGCUCUGAUGGAGCUGUCAGCGUGAAAGCUCGUAAGGAGAGAAAUGCCGAUGACCGGCAUUUCCCUGUUUACAUGUGAUCAGCUGUGAUUGGACACAGCUGAUCACAUGACCGAGCAUCUUCGGCUCUUUCCGUGGAUCUGUGAUCCGCUGUGUCCGAGGACCGCCGAUCGCCGCGCUGC